AUUGAUUACAAAAUACCAAAAUGCGAGAAAAAACGGUUGGCAUCAUACGGUACUUACCGUGCCUCACAAUGAUGCUGUUGCAGUGAUCACUAAUCGAAGAUCCCAAUGGCACCGCCACCCUGAUUCAUCAUCAUCAUCAUCAACAAUACCAAAAGAAUACAAUACAACACAACACAGCACAGCACAGCACAGCACGAUACAACACGACACGCGGUGCAGAAAGAACAGACCAGACCAGACCAGACCAGACCAAGCCCCCGCACGCACCGAGAACGCACACGCAAAAUACCGCCAUGUUUUCCAACCAGGCCGCCGAGCUGUCGGUCAACCGGCCGGUGGCCGCCGUCGACGCCGUCCGGGGAGACAGGGUGAACUCGAAGUUUCUCGCGGGAACCAGUUCGGUCCGGGAAAGCGAGGACAACCACCUGCUGCUGCUGCGGUUCCACACCGAUGCGAACCAGCUGGGGAUCGAUGCCAGGCUCUCGCACCCGACCGGUCCCGUCGGGUGCAUCCGGACGAGCCCCGCCGAUCCCUCCUACGUGCUGACGACCGCCGAGAACAAUCCCUCGGAGGCCACGCUCUGGAAGAUCCCGCCGGAAUCGAUCGACAGCGUUCCGGCAGACCUCGACUCGGACGGGGGAGACGACAACGACCACGACGGCUACAACUACGGCCACGACGAAAGCCCGAGCGCGAACUACGGCGGUGCGGGCAGCGACGGCGCUUCGGCCAUGGAGGAGCGGGCCGUUCUGCGCGGAUCUGCGUCUUCCGGCGCUUCGGCGCGCCUCACCGACCUGGCCUGGAGGGGGGCCGCCUGGGACGACGGGGAUCCGUCCACGGAGUCGACGAUGGGAGACGUCGCCACCCUGUGCUCGGACGGGACCCUCACCCAGUGGGACGUGGCCUUUGGCAGCGCCGAGUCCACCCGGAGCUGCGCCGCGGAUCUGUCGUCCCCGCUCCGGCCCGGCCUCCCGCCCCGGAUGGCCUGGGACCCCCACCACCCGGACCUCACGGCGGUGUCGAGCGGGGAAGCGGUCACGCUGGUCGACUGGAGGGAACCGCCGUCGGCGCCUUCCCUUGGAAGCAGCGGGCGCCCGCACCACCGGUACGGCAUCACGGACCUGGACUUCAAUCCGAACAAGCCCAAUCUCCUGGUCACGAGCGGCAGGGACGGCCUCCUCAAGUUCUGGGACCUGCGGAACACCGGGAGCGGUUUCUUCGACGCCGACAGCGGCGGGGGCCAGGAGAUUGUCGCCGGGGGUUCCGCCGGGAGGACCAAGAAGCAGCGGCCGCUGCUGGUGGCACGUGGGGGGCACCGCCACUGGGCGACGCGGGUCCGGUACAACCCCUUCCACGACCAGCUCGUUCUGAGCGCCGGGACGGACUCGCUGGUGAACCUGUGGAGGAUGUCGACGAUUUCUAGCGCUCCCUUGCUGACCUUUGACGACGGGUCGGCGGAGGACGGGGAGUCCCUUCCGCAGGGUCAGCACCAGAACCAGCACCAGAACACCCAGGAGGGACCCAACGUGCGGGUGUCGCGGUACGAGCACAUGGACUCGAUCCACGCCCUGGCCUGGGGUGCCUCCGAUGCCUGGAUCUACCUGAGUGCCUCGUACGACGGAAAAGUCGUGCUGAACCACGUCCCGAGCAAGGAAAAGUACAAGAUUCUGUUGUAGGAUCGCACGCGCGCCGGGAGUUUCCCCGGUGUUCGGAGCGGCGGCGGGUCUACAACACACAGU